UAAAGGAAAACUUGACCAGAAGUUGAGUCAAACUUGAAAGAAAGUGUACCGUCAUCCUUAUCAAAUGAUCUUUCAAAAGAAGGAAAGAGGAGGCCAGUAUGCCUAUUCUGUACUGGUAGCGGGCACUGGGAGCGAGCUGUGAGCCAGCUGUCAGAUGGAACAGGAACACAUCUCGAUGGGAGGAGUUUCCUGCCCCAAGGGGAAGGUUGAGACGAGUACCUUCACCGUCUUUCCGAGGCGUGUGUCCGCUGCGCGUAAAAGCUGACGGUGACGUGCGGGACACGGGAGCAGGAGCGUGGAGAUGGGACCCUACCACGGCACGGGCAUGGGAGGAAAUGGCACUCACACCCCUCUGACCACUUGAGCAGGACAGGAUAGCCACCAGUCUUCAGGAGCUUAUAGGCCAAGACUCUAGAGGUUAUCCACGUUACCUUACCGUGAGCGCGUUUGACAAACUGUCACCAUGCCCAUUCUGGAGAGAGACGCGUCGAGGGACCCGGCGGAAAGUCAACAUGCCUUGCCCAAGGUCCCUCUGCCCCCGCUGAAGCAAACCCUCGACAUGUACCUGAAGAGCAUGGAGCACCUGGUGGGGAAGGAGCAGUUCAGCAAAACCAAAACCAUCGUGGAGAAGUUCGGGGCCCGCGGGGGGGCCGGCGAGACCCUGCAGAAGAAGCUUCUGGAACGGAGGGAAAUGACGACCAACUGGAUCUAUGACUACUGGCUCCAAGACAUGUACCUGACCAACCGAGUGGCUCUGCCCGUGAACUCCAACCCUGCCAUGGUCUUUCCCAAACAGGCCUUCCGAGAUCGGAAAGACGCCCUCAGAUUCGCUGCUCAUCUCGUCACGGGGGUGUUGGAGUACAAGUCUCUCAUUGACACACAGGCGCUGGCCGUGGACUACGCCCGGGGCCAGCUGGCCGGCACCCCGCUGUGCAUGCGGCAGUACAGCCGCAUGUUCACCUACUACCGCCGGCCGGGUCACACGGCCGACACCCAGAUCGAGAGCCCCGCCGCUGCCGCGGCCUCGGAGCCGGAGCACAUCAUCGUGGCGUGUAAAAACCAGUUCUUUGUGUUGGACAUAGUCUCCAACCUAAAGAGGCUGAAUGAGAUGGACAUCUUGUCCCAGCUUGAGAAGAUCGUGUCCAUGGCAGAGAGAUCUCAGGACAGUCUUCCCCCCUUCGGCCUCUUCACCUCCGAUGGCAGGAAGGAAUGGGCUCAAGCCAGGGACGAACUCAUUAAAGACCCGACCAACAGGGCGUCCCUGGCGCUGAUGGAGAGCUGUGUGUGCGUGGUGUGUCUGGACGAGCCCACCAAGCUGGAGCCCAGCGACACCAACCGGGCCCUGCUGCUGCUCCAUGGAGGGGGCCGCGACAUGAACGGCGGCAACCGCUGGUACGACAAGUCCAUGCAGUAUGUGGUAGGAAUGGACGGCGUGUGCGGCGUGCUGUGUGAGCACUCGCCCUUCGAGGGGAUCGUGAUGGUGCAGAGCUCAGAAUACCUGCUGAAGUACAUGACAAGGAGCCCCUCCAAGAUGGCGAGGUCACUCAGCGUGACGGAUCUUUCUCCACCGAGGAGGCUUCCCUGGAAGUCCAAUCCUCACAUCCAGGCUCUCCUAUCAGGCUCUUCAGAUAGGCUUCAGAGGCUAGUCGCUAACCUUGAUAUGGACGGCUACAACUUCAAAUUCUACGGGAAAGAAUUCAUCAAGAAGCAGAGGAUGAGUCCAGACGCUUACAUACAGGUGGCGUUACAACUGGCCUUCUACAGAUGCAACGGCCGGCUUGUCUCCACCUACGAGAGCGCCUCCAUCCGCCGCUUCCAGGAGGGCCGCGUGGACAACAUCCGCUCAGCCACCCCCGAGGCACUGGCCUUCGUGAAGUCCAUGACGGAUGAAAAGCCGGCUCUCAGUGAUUCUGAAAGGAUGAAAAGACUGAGGGAUGCCAUAAAGGCCCAGACUGACUACACGAUUGCAGCCAUCACAGGGAUGGCCAUAGACAAUCAUCUCCUGGGGCUUCGUGAGAUGGCCAAGGAGCUCAAGAUGGAGCAGCCGGAUAUCUUCUCUGAUGAGACGUACCGGGCCAGCAACCAGUUUAUCCUCUCCACCAGUCAGGUCUCCACAGUGAUGGAAAUGUUCUGCUGCUACGGCCCCGUGGUGCCCAACGGCUACGGGGCCUGUUACAACCCCCAGGCCAACCACAUCGUCUUCUGCGUGUCCAGCUUCCGGGAGAGCACCGAGACCUGCUCGGCGGUGUUCACCAAGGCACUGGAGCAGGGUCUGCUGGAGAUCAGGGACCUGUGCCAUAGAAGUGGUGCUGCUGCCGCCGCCGCCGCUGCCCCCAACACCGCCACCCCCCCCACCACCGCCACCCCCCCGGGGUCCAGGGGGACGGGACGCAGCCCGGCCACCAGCCAGGGGGGCAAAGCCUCAGGGAAAUAAGCGUAGUGAGAGUGGUUCCUCAAGAUUGACCCGUUUGUUUUUAAAUGCUCCAGCUUACAGGUCUGGAUUUUAGGGUAGGCCCGUUUUGAGGGACUCGAUCCAGAGAUCCAGAACUGGAUCAAAGGUACUUCGACCAAUCACGACACAGUGUUCAUGAAAGCACAUUCCCUCCCGGUGAUAUAACCGAGGCAAGUGACUUUAAUGCAUAGCCUGAGAUAGUUUUGCGAUUGAUCGAGAUAUUGAACUAAAGUCCAGACGUGUAGACUGGAACAUUUAAAGAAAUCCUGCUGCCACUCGUCUGUUCUGAGCGACCAAAUAGAGGUAGACACUGCCCUGACCGGUGCUCCACUCCUCUCAGCAAUCCUAGCCGUAGUUUUAGACUCACCAGUGUGGUCGUGUGCGUAUUAUCUGUGCAAUCAUGUGUGAUGAACACAUAACCUCAAAGUGUAAAAUGCAAAGCCUUAAAAAUCUCAAAUUAUAUAGAUAUAUAUGUUAUUUAUGUGUACAUGAAAAGUAUAAUUACAUUGUAUGUACAGCUAGUGGGACCUAGGUAGACCAAGGUAGAUCAAUAGGGGCUUCACACUGCUCUCACCUUAGCCCCAGAUAGGCUAACGUUAGAGCCAAGGCUAAGAUGGCCCAUGGCGUACCUCACCCACGUUUCUGCUGGCUCAGAGGUAAGUGCCCUGGUUUUGAUUGAUACCGAUUUCGGAUCCGUGUUUUAAGCAAUUUUUUGGAGUUAGCGGCGAAAGCCGAGAAAUUAUUUUUACCAUCGUGUGAAAACCCCAAUGUAGACCUAUGUAGAUCUUGGUGGAUCUAGGUGGAUCUAGACCGAUCUAAGUGGACCUAGAAGGAUCUAGGAGGAUAGGUAGACAUAGGUGGUUCUAAGUACACCUAGGUGGAUCUCGGUGGAUCUAAGUAGACCUAGGCGGAUCUAUGUAGACCUACGUAGGUAGAUCUAGGUACACCUAGGUGGAUGUAGGUAGAUCUAGGUGGCUCUAGCUAGAUCUACGUAGACCAAGGUGGUGCUAGGUGGGUCUAGGUAGUCCUAGACGGAUCUAGGACGGACAUUGUGUCCAGGGCUGAUCUGGCAAAGCCCGUCAGACUGAGCCCGCGCUGCUCAGCUGCUGCCGUUAGGAAUCUAAAGCCAUGGCUGCUUUCUAACCACUGAUGCUGAUUCCAUGGUCACCGCCUCCGCCAGGGGGGGGGAUGAGCCCAGCUAUAUCGGUGUGUACGCUGUCUGUGACACGGGUUAAAGUGUGUUUGUCUAUUCCAUAUCCAGGAAGUGCAAUAUAUAUAUAUAUAUAUGGAUGUAUAUCUAUGCAUAUUUGUCGCGUGUCAAAUGUAUCGUCAUUCGUCAUGCAGUGUUCUGCUCCGUGUUGUUGACUGAUGUGUUGGUUUAGGCUGGAUAGAGGUAGCCUCGGAUGUUAUGGUAGACGUCAUCCCUCUGUUACAGCUUCUACACAUCCAGAGUCGCCGUUCAGGCAGACUGAGGGGUGGCGGGGUAAACUAUGAGGGGGUCGCGUCUGCAAACGGCCACCUACAGGUUUAGUUCGAAGAGAAUGAUUCGGAACAGAUUACCUAUCCUAUGUAAAUGUCAAUCACGCGGGGUAUGUUGCGAUAUUAUACGUAUUUUUCUCUAAAUGAAUAUCCCGUAAUCCGAGCAAUAGUGUGCAUUAGGAACAGUAUUAGUUUUAUGUCAGAAUACAGUGGGGGGGCUGGGAGAGGCAAACCACUGUGUCUUUGUUCUACUGGGGAUUCACACUAAUGUGUGUCACACUUAGAGGUAGAGCUUAAAUAGUAAUUAAAUUAGUAUAUUAUAUUUUUUACUGUGGAUGUGUGUAAUAAUUACACCGCUGAUACAACAAGGGUAUAUUUGCAAUUGAAAAAAUUAUAUAUUAGAUCCACGCAUGCCAUGGUGGGUGAAGACAUUGAAUUGAAUUUGUGUUGAUCUGUAUUUUUAAUAUAAAAACAUGCGUUAUUCUCAAUGUAACAUAAUGUCAUGCAUGCUGCUUUGGCCAGCCCAGAUCUUUCUUCAUGUUGUGUUGUUCCUGGCUAUUGACGAUACAGAAGGCAGGACACAGGCCACAACGUGGUCGGAUCACGCUUUUAUUUCGUGAUGUAGACGUCGAGAAUGUGAAAGUUUGAGGGCGACUAGAAAGUCAAUGUUAAAACGGAUCAAGGAUCUAUAUUAUAGGGGCAACAUUGGGAAAGAUCCAAAAGCCUUGCCUUAAAUGUAACAGAUGUAUUUAUCUUUAAAUACAUUAUUUAUUAAAUAAAUAAAUGGAACUGAGCCCAAGAGAAGAUGCUCAUCUCGAACACUGUGAUGCUUUGUGAAGUUUGUCCUUCACCUCUCUGUGUGACGCAUAAUAAUGCAGAAUAUGAAUGUACUCAUUCUGUUUGUCAGACGCAUUCCCUCUUGUAAACAUGGUCCAGUGAGAAGCUGUGUGGUAUUAUGAUCAUGAUGCACUUAUGUAUGCUUCGUAAACUGACCUCAAUAUGCCUAGCAUGACGAAAAAAUAGGAAAAUAAUCCAUUUAUUUUUUUAGGCUGAAAGUUUAUUUUUAUCCACAUAAAUUAUAUCAUCUAAUUCUACUUGCUGUUUAGUUUAUCUGUUUGUGUGAAGAGUCACAUGUGGUAAUGUCCUGUCAUAAUGGAUAUAAAUGAAAUAAAACGCCAACAAUCAGA